AUGAUUACUCGCAUACUCGAAUAUAUAAAGCGCUUAUCUCGUUUUGUGUUUUGAAAGGUCUGAGAUAGUCAUCCUUUCAUCUUUACUUUCUUUCUCUCUUCGUUUUACAACUAUUUUAAUUAUUAUUCAUUCUUUAGUAUCAUUUUUAUAUUAUAUACACAAUGACUUCUAGAUACGCACAGAAAAAGGCCGACGCCGAGGCCCUCGACAAGGUGAUCAUGAGCGACAGUCUGCUUGCCCUCGGUGCAACCUUUAUCGGCGGUAGCGUUCUCAGCGCCAUUGCCUACAGGUUCUCCCCCACCUACCGCAGCAUCCCCAUAUCUGCUAAAACCGCCCUCAUCCUCGGCCCUUCCAUCGGCGCCUUCUACAUCCGCGGCGAGCAUGUCGGCGCGGAGUACCGGCGCAACAAAUACCUCACCAUGCUGGAGCCCGAGGAACGCCAGGAGGCCCUAAGGCGCCAAGAGGCUAUUGCCGUGCGCAACACCUUUAUCGAGAAAUCCUCGGAUUACAUCACAGCACAUAGAUGGUCGAUUCUCGGGUACACCUGGUUAGCGGGUAUUUCCGGGUCGCUUUACCACCUAAUGUACGCUCAGCUUAUCACGCUUAUUGGUAUUCUUUCGACCGCCGCUAUUGCUUCGUUGAGCGAUAAGUCUGGAGACAAGCAUGCGAAGCAUAAUAGUGCUGCAUUGGAGGCCGCGCUGGCUGGGGAUAUGAAGGUCAAUGAUAUGUAUAGCAUUCAUCCGCAUGGCUCCAACCACCACAACCACCAGGUGGAACAGCUGAACCAGAAGAAGGCUCAGCUGAGCUCGGGCGCCCCUGCUGUCGUUGAGGACGGUGUUUCAGCUGCUGCUGUUGCUGCUGCUGAUGUCAAGGAGUAACCUCCAAAUAAAUAUAUUUUUUUACUGGACAAUUUGUGCGACAAAUAAACAAAUACAAACUUAAAACAGCCG